UGCUUCGGUGAAGGACGGGAGUCGGAAAACGGGUGGGCUUGUACAGAAGCAGCAGUGUGUGUCUGCAGGUGUCAACAACAAAAUAUUAAAACACCCUCAUUAGCACAAAACUUUUAACAUUAGAAUUUUCCUAGUUCUAGCCAUAGAAAGGACCAAAAUGUUAAGAAGGAUAUUACAGAUGACUCCUGGGAAAGGAGGCUCCCAGAGUUCGGAGUCUGAGCAGCCAUCUGCUGAUAUGAAUAAUGAGUCCUCCGAGGGCUUCAUUUGUCCCCAGUGUAUGAAAUCACAUAACUCUGCCGAGGAGCUCUUCAAACAUUAUGAGGUGUUCCAUGAGCCAGGAGACCAGCCGUCCCCCUUCAGCCCCAGCAGGGAGGAUCUAGCCCUUCUUCGACAGGAGGUCCAAGAUUUACAAGCUUCACUGAAGGAGGAACGCUGGUUUUCUGAGGAACUGAAAAAAGAGUUAGACAAAGUACAAGGACAGCUAGCAACUAACAAAGGCCCACAGAGUGAUGGGACUAGUGAAAAAUCAGAGCUCGAGAUGAGGCUUAAUGAAUCCGAGACCGAGAAAUUCAACAUCAAACAGAUGAAAGACUUGUUUGAACAGAAAGCUGCUCAGCUCGCAACUGAUAUAGUUGACAUCAAAUCUCGUUAUGAUGAGGAGAAAAGCAUGAGAGAAGCGCUGGAGCAAAGGCUGGCCAGUCUAAACCAAGAUCUGCAGAAAGAGAAACAGGAGAAGGAGAAACUGGCGGCAGAGCUGCUCCAGAGGCCUGGCGUGGAAGACGUGGAGGUGUUGAAGAAAGAGCUGGUGCAGGUGCAGACGCUCAUGGACAACAUGACCCGUGAGAGGGAGGAGGAGUCCGAGCGCCUCAAGAGCCAAUACGAGCAACUGCAGGCCAACUUCACUACCUCAGAGACAACAAUUGCUCAGUUGAAGGCAGAACUGGAGAAGGGUCCUCAGGAGGCAGCGGUCUACACCCAACAAAUCCACCAAUUACAGAGCAGCCUCAACAACUACCAGCAGCAGACCCAGCUUUUGUCAGAGAAGUUAUCUCGUAAGGGGAAGGAGAGUGAGGAACUCGAGGAGCGUCUGGGUCAGGAGCAGGGCUCUAAGAAGAGUCUUCAGUCUAGUCUGCACCAGAAAGACCUGGAGCUCCAGGAGAGCCAAGCCCGGGUGUCAUCGGGAGAGGCAGCUCUGAGUCGGGCCCAGGCUGAAUUGACUGAACGUGGGGAGGAGGCUGCAAGACUAAGACGGGAACUCAGCGAACUGGAGAAGAACCACCAGGAGCUGAAGGCAGAGAGGAAGCAACUUCAACAGCAGAGAGAAGAGAAAGAAAACCAGGGCCUGCAGCAGCAAAGUGAGAUCAGCCAACUGCACGCAAAGCUGCUGGAAACCGAGCGUCAGUUGGGGGAGCUGCAGGGCCGGCUGAAAGAGCAGAGACAGCUGUCAGGAGACAAACUCAAAGAUCGGGAGCAGCAGGUGGCAGACCUGCAGCUUAAACUCUCCCGCUUGGAGGAACAGUUAAAGGAGAGCUCUACCAAGUCUACUGAUCUGCAACAUCAGCUGGACAAAUCCAAACAGCAGCACCAAGAACUACAAACACUUCAACAGAGCACUAAUGGCAAACUUAGAGAAGCACAGAAUGACCUGGAGCAGGUGUUGCGUCAGAUCGGCGACAAGGACCAGAAGAUCCAGAAUCUUGAAGCUCUGCUGCAGAAGAGCAAGGACAGUGUGAGCCAGCUGGAGGCAGAGAGAGAGGAUCUGUGUGCUAAGAUCCAGGCCGGCGAAGGAGAGACAGCUGUGCUGAACCAACUAAAAGAGAAAAACCACUCACUACAGGAACAGAUAACGCAGCUUACCGACAAGCUCAAGAACCAGUCUGAAAGCCACAAACAGGCUCAGGACAACCUUCACGAGCAGGUGCAGGAGCAGAAGACCCACCUACGCUCAGCACAAGACCGCUGCCAGAGCCUAGAGACCACCAUCUCUGAGUUCACCACACAGCUCACAGAGAGCAAAGAGAAGAUUGCCCAGCUAGACACACAGCUAAAAGCCAAGACUGAGAUGCUGUUGUCUGCUGAAGCGGCAAAAAUUGCCCAGAGAGCCGACUUGGAGAACCACCUAGAGACUGCCCAGAAUGCACUGCAAGAUAAACAGCAAGAGUUGAGUAAAGUGCAGGCUCAGCUGGAGGAGCAGGGCCGCAGGCUGCAGGAGAAGCAGGAGCAGUGCUCUCAGCUGGAGAGCAGUCUGAAGGACAGCAGAGACAAACUGCUGACUACAGAGCAGAGGAUAGAGACACUGGAGACCCAGAGCAAGAAAGUAGAGGUAGAGUUAACUGAACUCCGCUCUGGAAGGGAACAGGCUCAGAAGGAGCAGCAGAUGCUGACGAAGCAGAUCAGUGAGCUGGAGAUGAAGACAAAGGAGCUGAACCGUCUUUUAGACUCCGAGAAACAAGGAGCUGCCACCCAGCAAGAGGAGUUGAAGAAGAAAACAUCAGCCCUCUCAGAAACAAAACAACAGCUGGAGAAGGCAGAGCAGGAGCGUGUGACCCUGAAGGCCAGCCUGGAUAAACUGUCUCAGGAGGGUCAGAAGCGGCAAGCAGAGCUGGACAAGAAAGCUCAGGGUCUGAGUGCAGAUCUUAAGAAAGCUCUGGAGGAGAAAGAUGCUCUGACUAAAGAAAUGGCAACCGUGAAAGAGGCUCUGAGCAAAGCUUCUACAGCUCUCAAAGAAAGCCAGACUCAAUUGGAGUCAGAGAAGAAGAGCAGCAAGGCCAGAUUGCAGGAGAAGGAGAAGUUUUAUCAGAAAGCCCAGCAAGAGCUUCAGAAAAACACAGAGAGCACUUCUAAAGAGCUCAGCCGUGUCAAAGGUCAGCUGGAAAAAUCAGUAGAGGCAGAAAAGGGGCUUCAAUCUCAGCUGACUGCACUGAACACUCAACUGAAACAGUCUCAAGAUACACUGAAAGAGAAAGAAAAUAGUGUACAGCAGUUACAGGCAGAGCUGAAGACCACACAGGGGUCCUUAAGCCAGGAAGUGAAGAAAUUUAAGGUGCAAGUGUCCGAGCUGCAGACUUCCCUCACUAAAAAGACUGAAGAGGAGGCAAAGCUGAAGGAGCAGGUGACAACAUUGUCUAAAGAUCUCAACUCUGAGAAGAAUCGCUGUGCAGAGCUGCAGAAGACCAGUGACAGCACCAAAGAAAGUCUCGCCACGCUUCAGUCUGAUUACUACGGCAAAGAGUCUGAGCUCUCUGCUGUACGCCAGGACCUCAAGGUGUGUGAGGAGAAGCUGGUUCUAGCUCAGGAAGAGCUGGUGGCCAACAGAAACCAGCUUAGUUCUCACGAAACCCAGAUCCAGGAGCUAAAGACGGCCCGCAUGAAGCUGGAGAAAGACCUCAGUAAGAAAGACGAGAAGAUCAAACAGCAGGUGGAGGCUCUACAGAAGCUCCAGAAACAACAGGAACAAAUUGAGGAGCAGCUGAAGAAGGAGAAGGCUCAAUGCGAGGAGCUCAAAGAGAGCCAGAGCGCUCUGGAAAAAGACAAAAACAAACUGUCCGCUGAUCUUAAAGCUCUGGCCGAGAAAAAUGAGAAGGAGCUGAAGGAGCUCCAGGCAGCAAAGCAACUGUUGAUCCAACAGAAGGUGGAGCUGCAGGGGAAGGUGGAGGCAGCUCAAGCAUCUGUGGAGCAGGAACAGAGAGAGCAUCAGAAGACCAAAGACUCCAUCAAACAAAAACAGCAGCAGCUCAAAGCUGAGACGGACAAACUACAACAGCAACUGGCAUCAGAAGUGAAGGCUAAAGAGGAGGUGGAGAAGCAGAGGGAAGAGGCGGAGGUGAAGAUGUCUGUGCAGGUGGCUGCACUGAACGAGAACGUGGCGACGCUGAAGCGAGAGUGGCAGAGCAGCCAGAGACGGGUGGGUGAGCUGGAGAAACAGACGGAUGAGCUGAGAGGAGAGAUCGCUGUGUUGGAGGCCACCGUCCAGAACAACCAGGAUGAGAGGCGUGCACUGCUGGAGAGGUGUGUCCAGGGUGAGGGUGAGAUCGAGAAGCUUCAGGCGAAGUUGGUGGAGAUGCGCAGGAAGUUGGAUGACACUACAGCCGCCAUGCAGGAGCUUGGCCGGGAGAACCAGUCCUUACAGAUAAAACAGUCGCAGUCUCUCACGCGAAAGUGGGCGGAAGAUCACGAGGUGCAGAACUGUAUGGCUUGUGGGAAAGGCUUCUCUGUCACUGUCAGAAAGCACCACUGUCGACACUGUGGCAACAUCUUCUGUGCAGAGUGCUCUGCCCGCAAUGCCAUGACACCCUCCUCCAAGAAGCCUGUCCGAGUGUGUGACAGUUGCUAUGAGGAGCUCCAGGGCUGAUCUCCCUCCCUGUUAACCCCGUCCCCUGCAGCCCUCUGCAUCCCGCUCACCCUGACCUCUCCCCAGGGAACAUGAGCAACCAGGAGAGGCCAGACGAGGACGGACGCAGAAGCUGCAGGAACCACUGAGGAACAGCAUGUCAUGGUGGUCACUCGAUGCUGCCAAUCAGAUAGAGGGAACACUAAAUUAACCCUGCCAGAGUGGCUGUCCUCAUCUGUCCAGUGCCUUUGCCACUUAUUGGGCCAUUUUCAGACCCAGAGGAAUCAAAAGGGAGGAACCGCUUAAGCAGAUGUAUAAUUUGUAAUAUAAAAACCCGUUCCUUACAGAAGUUUUGUGUUAAAAUACCGCAGCUUUGGCACUCAGGACGGAGUUUUACAUUGAUAUCGUCUUUUAAAAGAUUUAAGUGUAAGAGGCCUGGGUCGGAGCGAAUCGGAGUAGAACCAAAGCUGUUCGCAGGGUCCUUAUUUGAUAUAUCAUAUUUGUAAGUAAAUGUACAGGCAAAAGAGGCACAUGUGAAUAAUUCGGAUAUAACUGUCACUCUAUUAGACUCUAUCAUUGUUCAUUCAGUGUGGGCAUGUUAGCAAGGUAUGUGGGUGUUACGUACAUGCUUGCUUGGCUGCUCUUAUGUCUGUUGAAAUGAAAUACUUGAUGUUUGUUUUGCAUUCAUAAUCUCACCAGAAGUUGUUGGUGAUUCUUUUAAAGAUUUACGCACACAAAUGUCUUUUUUUUUUGUUUUCUUUUAUCAAUUUGUAUGUUGGAUGUACGUGCCCUGCUUUUAAGCAGUAACUGUGCAUUGGCUGUGAUUGUUUGUGUGAUAUUAUAUUUAAAAUGAAUGACAGACCGCUGAUUGUGUUUAAAAUAUCAGCUGCUAUGUUUCUCUUCAACUUGAGCGGAUUCUCUCAUUCAUGGCAUCUACGCAAUUGAGCAAAUGCAACGGCACAAGCUUUAAGGCUAAAAUGGGUAGUUCACCUAAAAAAUAGUCCAACAUUUUUACCAACAUUUUUUUUUAUUUUUAUAUAAUUUGUCAUCUUCUUUUUAUUUGUUAAGCAGAACACAAAAGAAGAUAUUAUGAAGAAAGUUGUCCUUACAGUGGAAGUCAAUGGGAACCAAAACUAUUUACCAGCAUUCUUCAAAGCAUUUUAUUGUCCUGUUUGUGUGUUUAGUAACCAACAUUCUGUUUUGUAGAUUCUAAAAGAAGAUAUUUUGAAGAAUGUUGGGAACCAAACAGUAUUUUGGUGCAUACAAUGAAAGUCAGUGGGAAGUCAAAGGGAACCGAAAGCUCUUUAUGUAACGACAUAUCAGGACAUCUUAUGUCUUGUUACUGUUUUAGUUACCAACAUACUUAAAAAUAUCUUAUCUUGUUUUCCUUGUUUAUUUUUUUUAUUUAACAGAACACAAAAUAGAUUUUGAAGAAUGUUGAUAAACCCACAAAAAAACGUCAAAAUGGUUGAAUUCAAAUGGAACCCAAACUCUUUAUUUACCAACUUAAUAUUUUAUAUGCCUUGUUUUCUUUUUGUGUUUUGUGGAUUACAAAAGAAAAUAUUUUGAAAAAUGUUGAAGACCAAAACGUUUCAGUUCCCAUUGACUUCCAUUUUAUUUUUGUCCAAAUGGUGAAUGUCAGUGGGGCCUAAAAGAGAUAGUUUUGGACCCCAUUGACUUCCAUUGUAUAGACAAAAAAUGUUUUUUUAUAUCUGCCCAUCAUAGAGGUUUGAAAUCACAUGAGGGUGAGUAAAUGACAGAAUUAAAUUUCUUUGGUGAGCUAUUCCUUUAUUAGAAGCUAGCAUCAUUGUAAGCGCUUGAUAUAAAACUAAAUGUGAGCGAGUGCACUGCAACUAACUGCUGUAAAGUAUGCUUCACUGUAUGUGGUUUAUGCAAUAGCCAUGAUGUUUUCACUCCGCUUAAUAGAUUGUAUGCGGCUUGCAGCGUCGAUGGCACUGUUUGCUGUCAGUGUGAUUCUGAGGUAUUGAUUACUUUCUGUUUGUGUCACUAGAUGGAUUCAGGAACGUAUGUAUCCCAGGAUGAAUCAAAAGUGUCUCAGGAUGUUUUGCGCUCAUCACCAGCUCAGUCAUGUGACAUGAUUUCAGAAAAUUAUAUAGUAUAUGAAUAACAGCCCUUUAACUUGAUUUUGGAUGAAAUGUGCGCUGCAGUCAACAACAGUUUGAUAGAAGCUACUCAGUGCCAUAAACUGGUCAAAACCCUCCAUCUGACAUCACUUCCUGUUUUCUCUAACCAUUAACAAUGCUGUAAUUAUUAGCAAAGUGUAUGAAGAAAAACAGGUUGUGCAGCUUGCAAAUAAAGCAAAACUUUUGACCACAUAUGCAAAGUGCAUCACUUGCAGGUUUUUGGAGCAGCACUACUCACUAACAACAGUAUCUGUUAUUUGGUUAUCAUGCAUUAUUAUUAUAGAUUGAUUCAUAUUCUGCAGGGUGUUCACACGCAUGUUGUGGUAAUGUGUUUGUUUCGCCUUAUAUCAAGGUUUGUUUCUGUCGCAUUUGUCCAUUUUCGAAUGCAAGACACAUCUUAACAGGCAAAACCCAUCAGAUACAUGUUCUUUUGUUUAGCAGGUUCCUACAUAUUUGUGAUUGUGAUUUGUGAUGAAAAAAUCUAUCAGAAUAUACUAAAUGAGGUUAAAAAAUAAAAAGUGUAAAAUAUCACAUACUGAAGGUGAUUUCAGGUUAAUUGGUUUUGUUUGCCUGAAUGUCCAGAUUCAAAUGAGGGACAGAUUAACUUCUUCACCACCCAAGAUUUUUUUGUUGAGAACGGUAUUAUGUUUUCUAAUUGUUCAUCAUGUUUAAAAAUAAAUUUAAUAAAUAUUU